UGUUUUCUUAUUCGGUAAAAGAUCAAACAGUUCUUCCAAGGAAAAGCCUCGCUUUUAGGAAGGGAAGACGUCGAUAUCUGUGUUCUACGUUCUCUGUGUUUGGAUCUAAUCUAGGGAUAGGGUUCGGAUGAGCAUGUUCUAGGAAUUUCUCGCCUUAGGAAGAGAAGACGCCGAUACCUGCAUUUUUCUGUUUUCUGUUUUCUGUUUGGAUCGAAUUUAGGGAUAGCGUUCUUGAUUCUUAUCCGUAACAAUUCUUCGAUGUUCACGCGAGAUUUAUAAAGGUCUCAGUCAAGAGAAAUGGAGAAAGCUUCGUUCUCGCUUCGAAGCUCCGCUUAUCUCGACGCUCUUACCCAAGAAAUCGAAAGAAAGCUCCAACGGGCACUAGCUUAUCCAUCGCAGAGGCUAAAGGUGUUGCAAGAGUUGUUUGCUGACAUAGCUUUGGAAGUUGAUGACAGAGCUAGAGAGAUGAUUGUUAGGACGGAACAAGAUACAAUUUCUCCUGCUGAGGAUAGCAUUCAUGGCCAAUUAUGCUUUUAUGAUGUGCUUGCUGAUUACUAUGUUGAAGCGCCCAAGCAAGGAAAACCAAUACUUGAUCUGAUUGUCCAGCUUUGGAGCCAGUCAUUUGCUUCACAUAUAUUCUCCCUCUUGUUCCACAAAUGGCUAUUUGAAGUCCAACUUGACAAUUCUGAAGUACUUCUCCGUUUCUCAUCUGCUCUCGUACAAGGUGCUACAAAUGUUUUCUGGAUUGACAUCCAUACAAAUACAAGGCGAUUCCAGUCUUUUUUUGGGUAUCUGCUUGAGGAAGUUGCAUUGGAGCCCAAGAGGGUGAACAAAAUCCCUGUGCAAGUCCAGCGAGAUUUUUAUCUUUUACUUUCAAGGUUCAUGCUAUUUUACAACUCAGCUGACAAGCUUGAAAGCUUCUUGAAGCAUUUUCCUGUUUUCCCUAAUGCUUUCUUGGUUGGUGGUCCAGUAGACUUCUUUGUUAUUGAACUCACAGAUCAGAUUCAAAAGCUAAAGGUGGAGCCUGUACUGUUGCAUUACUUUUCACAACUUAAAGCUCUUCAGGGCAUGGAACUUCGAAUGACCACAAGCACGAGGUUGAAGGCAUGUUUAUAUAGCUUCACUUCGCCUGGUGGUCCCAUGUAUCCCACAAGAACCGUCCGUCAUGCAGCAUGGGAUGCUUUAGAUUUACUUUUUCCGGUUGGACGAUAUCCAAGGCAUCUUAUAAGCCUGUUUUUCCGACUGUUAUAUCCAUGGUACUGGCCUUCUUCAUGUUGGAAUUUUAUAGUAUCAUGCAUAAAGGCGGUGUUGUACUCUGUGUUGGGGUUGAUCUUUUCUAGUUGGGCAAAGUUGGAGGAGCCAAAGAUGUCCUGAUUAUCAGGUGUCGUUUUUUUUUUUUUUUAACUGCUUGUGGCCAUCUAACUUUGUUUGCUUUUGGUAAUUGUCUUGCUUAUUAGCUAUACCAAUUGAAUUGAGAACCUACCAGAUGGUGAGAGUUGGUGGUAUACCAGAGUAAUGGCUCCACAAGACAUCAGAGCAUAAAUUGUCAUAAAAAAUUCUCCUCAAAUAAUCCUUGGCGCGGUAUACUUGCCUAUUGUGAA